AUGACUUUCCGCUUCCGCUUCCGCACAAGAGAUUUCCCAGUUAGAAUGUCUGAUAACCGAAAUCUGGAAGGCGUUUUCGCUGUUCAUAAACCCCCGGGCAUAUCUUCCGCCGAAGUUCUCCGCAACCUACAACAACACUUCACCCCUUCUCAAUUCUUCCGUCCAUGGAUCGAAACAGAGCGCAUCCGGCGGGGUGCGGAGAGCAGAUACCAAGCCCGCAGGCGGCGUGACAAGCGUCUAGAGGUUAAAAUUGGGCACGGGGGAACCCUCGACCCCAUGGCGACAGGCGUGCUAAUCGCAGGUGUUGGCAGGGGCACAAAAGAACUGAAUAACUUUUUAGCGUGCACCAAGUCAUACGAGGCCGUGGUGCUAUUUGGUGCUGCGACAGAUACGUACGACAGUGUGGGGAAGGUAGUGAGUCGGGCCCCCUACGAACAUAUUACGCGCGACAAAGUGGAGAAGGCGCUGGAGAGCUUUAGAGGCAAGAUCUUGCAGCGGCCGUCAAUAUUUUCGGCGCUGAGGGUGCAGGGAAAGAAGUUAUAUGAAUAUGCGCGAGAAGGAAUUGAGCCUCCUGUGGAAAUUUUGAAAAGGCCUAUUGAAGUGACGAAGUUGGAGAUCCUGGACUGGUAUGAAGGUGGCACCCACGAUUAUGUCUGGCCGACGGAAGAGGCAAGCAGUAUGGAGAAAUUUGUUGCGAAGAAGAUGCUGUCUAAAGACUCAUCAUCAUCUGGACCUUCGACUGCGGAUAGGACUACCUCCGCUCCUUCUACAACCGAAGAAGAGCAGCAGAAUGCCACCGCACAGCCAGAGGAGGGGUCGCAUGGUAUUAAAAGAAAGCUAUCUGCAUCUCCAACACCAGAGGAAGAAAGGAAAUUCUCUCCAUCAACAAAACGCCCAAAGUCCCCUGUCGAUAGCACCGCGGACGAUUCUCUCACCAAUGACACCUCCAUCACCACUGAUCCCAUUAUAUCCAAUGCUGUUUCCGCCACCUCUAAGCCAACCCCUCUACCCCCGGCUGUUAAGCUCUCCAUGACCGUAUCAUCUGGCUUUUACGUCCGUUCCCUCGCCCACGACCUCGGCCUCGCGCUGGAUAGCAAUGCGAUAAUGUCAUCUCUGGUGCGCACGCGCCAAGCCGAUUUCACAUUGGAACCGGAAAAAGUGCUGGAAUAUCGCGAUUUGGAAGCUGGGGAAGAGGUGUGGGGUCCCAAAUUACAAAGCUUUCUGGAUGAGUGGAUGGAGAAGAAAAAGAACGGGGCAGGUGGGAAGACGGAUAAGGGAGUGAAGGAGGGUUCUAAUAAGGAAGACGGGGAGAGGGAGGCGGUAGAUAGGGCGGUGGGAGUUCAAAGUGAUUGA